AGCUAAAGAGAAAUAGGAGGUAAUCAAUACCCAGUUGUUCUGGGCGGUUGAAUAAUGAUGUAUAUGUGUGUCGUGUGAUCUUUUUUGCUGUUUGUGUGUUUUUGCGAAGGGCAGAAAUACUGUUCACUAACUCGUCCCAUUACAUAAAUAGCAUGCAGCAUAGUACUUGGUGACAUGACUCAAGGAAAAAAACGCUGAAAUGUAAAUAAUUGCGAAGAGAAGCAAGCUUCAUCACUUUUUGAAAAUUUGCUUUCUGGGAAAAUUCACAGAAUCAUCCAAAUGUCUUGUACUUGAUGCCAUACUAAAUACAGCAAUGUACCUUGAACACUAUAUAGAAGUGGAAAAUAAAGUAUUACUAAACACAUAAUAACUACAAAGUUUAACUACAAAAUUUAACUCACAGUAAAUCAUUACAAUCACCUACGCCUGAAUGAUGAAUCCGUACAGCGUGUAGGAUGACGAAUAUCUGAGACAAAACAGUAAAUGAAAGUAAAGGAGAAUCUUGAGAUAACACGUCCGUUUAUUGUCUUGCACGACUGGUCAAGCAUAAAUCCUUCUGAAACAGAGUUUCACUAUCUUCCCGAGUCGUGUCGCAGAUGUUAUGAGGUUUGUGUUUUUGCGUGUUUUGACAUUGGAGAACAGGUUCCAGGUAUUCCUGCAGUGAGGUACACUUCGUCUGCUAGAAAGCAAGGUUUCCUAUCAACCUACCUUAGACUGAUCUCGUUCGGGAAAACCAAGAGAUGGACUUAAACGUCAAAGAGGGUAAACUCUUCAUGCAACAUCACAAGUUUGGAAAGAAGCUGAAGUGGAGGAAGGUGUGGUUAGUGCUGUACGGGGCCAGCCAGCAUGGCGUGGCUCGACUCGAGUUCCUGCGCUGCGCCGGGACCGAGUACGGGCCCGUCUCCCGGAAGCCCGGCAAGAAAGUGCUGCGCCUAUCCGACUGCGUUAGUGUGCGGGAAGCACCCGGAGAACCCUGUCCAGGGGACGGCAUGACUGCCUUCGUGGUGGAGACCACGGAAAAGAGCUACACCUUUGCCAGCGAGCAGCUGACUAGCACAGACUGGGUGGAGAAACUGCGUCUAAUUGCCUUUCAGGCUGAUAGUAGGCGAGACUUCAGCGUACAGCAGCCCAUACAAAUGGCAGAAAACACGAUAUAUGACUCCCUGGAGGAAGUGCAUGAGUUCUGCGUGAGUGUGCGAGCCUCCGAGGCAGCUGACCGUUGUGGCCUGCGAGGGGUGUACUGGCUGAGGGUCACCAGGGAUGGACUGGUCUUGCUGGAGCCAGAGACCAAGGAGACGCUGCUAUGCUGGCCUUACAGGCUGCUCCGUCGCUACGGCAAUGACAAGGAGUCCUUUACGAUAGAAGCGGGGCGCCGCUGUGCCUCUGGGCCUGGUAGCUUCAGCUUCGAGACACGACAGAGUCCAGCUAUCUUUGCCCUGAUGGAGGAGAGGAUCCGUCAGCAAGUCCGCAGCUCUGCAUGCCAUGGAGACGAGCUUCUGGAAGGGCAACGUGAGGGGGAAGGGGGCGUGCUGAGACACCCUCGAGCCCACUCCCCCCUGCCCCCCACACCCAGGAGCUCGGCCUUGAUGGAGCAGAUGAGCCCUUAUGCUGACCCUGCUGACCUUCUGCGGCCCACUGCGGUGUCCUGCCGCCACGGCAAUCAGCCCGAACCUGUGUACUCAGACGUGGAUAGGAACUUGGUCCAGCAAACUGGAGCUUUGGUGCUGGAGGGGUGUGCAGUGGCCAGGGAACGCAGGGACGCUGAGGAGGACAGUCCUACACAUCUGUACAGCCGUGUGAUGAAACGCGCUGCUCCACCAAGCCUCGGCCUGGUGGCUCCUGAUGUCAUCUAUGACAGCUUAGGGCAAAUUUGACCUUAACCUCGUAUUCUGUCGGCCUUUCUGUGAUGUUCUUUACUUUCUCUGCUGCUGCUCCAUUUGGCAAGACCGGGAACUGCAUGCUAAUGCAGAUGUUUCACUCAGCAACAUUUUGGCUAGUAAAGCAAAAUCGUUUCAUCAACAAAACAUUAUCAAUAACCCUUAAAUGCCUUCACACAUGCCCAUAUGCCUUCCCACUCUAUAGGUGAACCAUCAUUCUUUGUCAUCUAACUGCUGUCAUCGUGGCAGGAUGGUUCCUCCUGAUCAUCUGAGACCUGGAAAUAUUCAGGGAUUCCAGUAUCAGCAGAGAAAGGAUUGGACACCACCUAAUGUUGCUAUGAAGCCAUAUAUUACAUUGUAAGAUCGCACUGUUAUAUCCCCCUGCAGUGAUAUGUGUAAGAUGGGGGCUAAUGAUCUAUUAUAACUCAGACAUUGUGUUAAGUAUAUUUAUGACUAUAUUGUGAAUAAACUUUUUAAAACACUUUAAA